UUAAUUUCUUGUGAUGGAGAGUAUUGAGGAUCCCCCUAGAUACACAUCCUCUGAUAUAAAGACAUAGAAACAAUGUAUUCAGUCAGUGUGUGUUUCCUACAGAUGUAUCCAGUAACAGAAAUCCAACAGAGAGAUGUCCCCGUCCUCUGUAUUCCCAGGACUCCACACAGGAACAUCAGGAGAUCACUCAGAAGGAUAAGGUAGAUGAAGCGGAAAAUCUAAGUGAUAACGUGAAUCAAGAAGAUCCUGUUGUCUCUGAGGAUUGUGAGGCUGAAGACCUCAUGAUUAUUAAAGCUGAGCCUGUAGAUGAAAAAGAGAUAUAUGUGAGGGGUCUUGAGCCGUGUAAGGAGGAGGAAAUUCCCGUAGAGAUCAGCGCAGGUGGACGAUAUGACAGAAAUAAACCAAGGAACUGCUCCAUCAGUUGUUCAGACGGUGAAAUAGAAGAUUAUGACAUUGCAGUAGAUUCCCCAGGAAUGAGGGCACGAUUGACCUCCAUGAAUCUUGAUCCAGUAUUGUAUAGCGCAGGGCUGUCCUCUGAUCCCUCUACUCCUUGGCAGUGUUUCCCUCAUCAUUCACUUCCUACUCAUCGAAGUCCGAAAAAAUUUGCCUGUUCAGAGUGUGGAAAAUGCUUUACACAGAAAGCUCACGUUGUUAGGCAUGAAAAAGUUCACUUGGACGUCAAGCCGUAUUCCUGUUCAGUUUGCGGGAGGUGUUACGCUCACAAAUCCCACCUCACCAGUCACUUGAGAUCCCACACCGAUGAUAAAUGGCACUCCUGUCCUGACUGCGGAAUAUGUUUUGGACAUAAAGUAUCUCUGGUCAGACAUCAGAGGAUCCAUACCAACGAGAAGACAUUCUCUUGUACGGAGUGUGGAAGAUCCUUUACCCAGAAAUCCCAUCUGGUUGACCAUUUUAGGAUCCACACGGGAGAAAAGCCAUACUUGUGCUUACAGUGUGGGAAGCGGUUCACUGUCAAGAGAGGUCUGGUCAGCCACGAGAAAAUCCACAGUGGUCAAAAGCUGUUUUCGUGUUCUGACUGCGGGAAGUAUUUCACCCGAAAAUCCUACCUUGUCAACCAUCGGAGGAUUCACCAAUGCAAGCUUCUUGUCUGAGGUCUUCUAUGAGGGUCGUUCCACCCAAGACUGAUCUUCCACAGUGCAGUACAAUGUAGGAAUGUAGACUGGCGAAGACAUAAAGAUAAUACUCUAUAUGGGUAAAUGUACGUGGACACUUCACCAAAUGAUCAGGUGUUUCCGGUAAAAGGUAUUGUUAAGGCGGGUAUUUAGGUAUGCAAAGUUACAACGGUCCAGCUUGGAUCAAUAAGAGAA